AAUGGAUUAACAACUAUUUUAAUUGAUCCUAAUAAUCUUAAUAAAUUUAAUUGAUUCCAAAAUCAAAUUUCUAAAUGUAAUUAUCAUUAAAUUAAACAAACUAAUAAAAUUGAUUUAAUUAACUUCUUUUAGUUAUGUCUAAUUCAUAAAAUCAAUCAUAAUUUUAAAUUGNUUAGGUUAUGAUUUAGAUGUUGAAUUUGGUACUGGUGAAUUAAUGGGAGAGGUAUAUAAUUAAAUAAAUUAAUAGAUCAAUGCAGAUACUGCCUAUAUAGGUAAUGUUAAGAUUAGAAAAUAAGAAUUUGCAGAAAUAGUUAGGGAAAAUGGAGAUGUAUUUGCAUAAUCUGAUUUUGAUGGUAUAGUUGGUUUAGCAUAUCCAACAAUGGCUGCAUAUCAUUUUAAUCCAUUAUUUGAUAAUAUCAUGCAAUAAAAAUUGUUGGAUAGAAAUGUGUUUUCAUUUUACUUUUCUAGAUAAGAGGGCUCUAGAACCUCAGAAUUAACUUUAGGUGGAUGGAAUUAAGAUCAUUUUGAAGGAGAAUUGCAUUUUCAUAAUGUGGCAAAUAAGUAUUAUUGGCUAUUGGAGGCAAAUAAUAUUUUAGUAAAUGGAAAGGAUGUUGGAUUAUGUAAAGGAGGUUGCAGUGUUAUAGCAGACACUGGUACUUCAUUGAUAACAGGUCCAUCAGAUGAUUUAUAUGAUAUGUUAGAUGCUCUUAAUAUAGAUGAAAAUUGUAAGAAUCUAAAAGAAUUACCAACCUUAACAUUUGUGUUGGAUGGAAUUCAUUAUGAUCUUGAUGCACAUGAUUAUAUAAUGAAGAUAGAUUCAUAUGGAAAUGAAGUAAAUAAAUAAAUAUUAUAUAUUUAGAUUGCAUAUGGAUCUUUUGCAUCUACAGACAGCUUUUUAGAAAUGGGUGGAGGUUGUGAAUGUAUUGGAACAUUCAUGCCUCUAGACAUUCCUUUCCCUUAAGGACCAGCUUGGAUUUUGGGUGACACUUUCUUAAGCAAAUAUUAUUCUGUUUAUGAUAGAGAUAAUGAUAGGGUUGGGUUUGCUAGAUCAAAAUGAAC